AUGCCAAUAAGCAAUUUCUAUUUCUUAGAUGGUUUUCCAUGGCAAGUUCCUAGUCGCUAUCAAGGAGAAGUUACAAUAUUUCAAUUGGACAAAGUUCGGAUACCGACACAUAUUGUCACUGGUGAAAACGAUGUUCGAAUUCUAGUUGCGCAUAGCUAUGCACUAGAACGAGCACUUUAUUCUCUAGGUGUUCCGCAUAAAUUAAUCGUCUUUCCGAAUGAAGGUCAUAAUAUUGAUAGAAAUCCAUGGCAUGAAAAAAUCAAACUCCGAGAAGAAUUGAAAUGGUUACAUAAAUAUGGACAUAUUUACGCAUCGACAUGUGAAGAGGCUUUGAUUUCACUCGACAAUAGUCAACGAAUGAAUCUAUAA